AUGAAGUUAUUGAACGCAAGUUUUGCCUUUGUUCUCCUGCACGUGUAUUUUGUUUUUCACUGUGAUGGAACUAAAACUAAGGAGGUCAAGAGUACGGAGGGUAGCAGCAAUGAGAAAAGCGAGCAUGGCCAGCAUAUAGAUUUGUUUCAAGGUGAUAUAUUACUGACCCAGGAGCAGAGAGAUGCUCUCAAUGGAAAUGGCCCAAAAACACGGAAUGGACUGACUGAUAUAAGAUUUCGGUGGCCAAACAAUAUUGUUGUUUUUGAGUUUGCGUCAUCCAUGAGCUUUGAAGGAAAAGAAAUAAUACUUUAUGCAAUGAGGCGCAUUUCAAGGGCCUCAUGUAUUUUGUUUAAAAGACGUGAUAACGAAGUUGGAUUUGUGGAAAUCACCGCGACACAUCAUGGAUGUUUUUCGCAAGUGAGCUAUUCGGGCAAAAAACAAACGUUAAAUUUCGGGAGCGAUUGCACAUAUCGAAAUGCAUGUCAUGAAUUGUUACAUAGAGAAGACCAACAAUUUCAAAAAUACGAUCGUAGUUUGGUAUCACACAUGGGAGGAAGUUAUGAUUAUCACAGUAUAAUGCAUUACAGUGGAACAGCUUUCUCGGUAGACACGAGUUCGAAAUGGACCAUUUUAAGUAAGGAUCCAAAUGUUCAAGAAUCUAUGGGACGUAGUCAGGAUCUCAGCAAGAGCGACGUAAUGAAAUUGAACUAUAUGUAUAGAUGUCACGGAAAUUAUAAUAUAUUGUAG